AUGACUGCUCCGACAGCGCAACGAACAUUCAUGAAGGACGUGAUAGAGCUCUAUCGGGUGAUUGACUCCUCGACCGACGGUCAGGCAUCCGUCAUUGGAAUUGAUGGGAUGCGAGUCACUGUUUCUCUGCGACCCAAAUCUGGUUGCAACGCGCAUGCUGAGUUCCUAAUUACUGUAAAAGUCUUCCACACUUCUCAUUGCACUUUCAUCAACGGUUCUCCCCUCUACCCUAGAAUUAGUCCGAAUGUGACCGUCAACACGCCUAUAUAUCAUCCGAACAUUGAUCCACACAGUGGUUCGCCGUGUAUAAGCAUUCUCAGUGAUUGGCGAAGCUGUUACAGCCUUCUGGACUUAGUUAAGGCCUUUCUCUACCUCAUUGACCACCCCAUAUUUGAUUCGCCGAGUCACCCCUUCGGAGUGCCUCUGGAUAAUGUUCAUCUGGCCAAGAAAUCGGCCCGUUUGCUUGCUGGUCUCCCAGUCAAUGGAUUGCGCUACCCACCCAACUCU